AUGGAACCUGUGAUUGCCCCUCUACGGGUGUUCACAGGCCUAGAAAGCGGCAUCCCUGUUUUAGUCGUUCUACACGCAGCGGAAAUGUCUAGCUCCGAAAUGCAAGAGAUGGCCGAAAGUCACGGUCUUGAAGGUGGGUUCGUCUUUCCCGCACCGGCAAGCUCACACUGCGACUAUGAAAUCCGCUUUUGGACCUCAACCAAUGAGUCAAAGAUGUCCAAAAAUGUGAUCGUUGGCGCUGUCUGGCUUAUGUCCAAGAUUGGUAUGAUUACCGGAAACAAAUUGCGCAUUUCGGCCAAGGGUGGUCUUGUUGAGGCGUUGAUCACAAGGACUCCGGACCGAGAUAACGGCGAAGACACCAUACGGGUUGACCUUUCCCAUCCGAAAUGUACAUACAUGCGACCAUUGGAAAAAGAGCGCAUCAGCAGCAUAUUGUCUACUUUGGGAAUUGAGAGUGAGGACUUGAUCCCUGGAUUUGGGAUCCAGAAUGUUGCUACAACGAGGGUGAAGACACUGAUUCCGAUCCGGUCACUUGAUACAUUAAAGAAUUUGGAGCCCGAAUAUCAGCGCAUCAAAAAGAUCUGUGAGCGAAUUGGCAGCACUGGCUUUUAUCUCUAUUCUAUCGUCGAUCACGACCGACAGGAGUACGCAGCCAGACAGUUUGCCAGACACUAUGGAUAUGUGGAGGAUGCUGUGAAUGGGGUUGCGGCAUCUGCUUUGAGCUUUGCACUACUGAUGAGAGGCCAUGUUCAUCACAUCGACCGGGCUAUCAAGGUUAAGCACGGGGCAGCCACAGGCAGUCCGUUUGAGGUCAGUGUGAGAUUCAGGAUAUGGGGUGAUGACGUCGUUGGCUGUUGGAUUGGAGGCACUGCUGAAUACGAGAAUUCCAAUGAGAAUGAGACCGGGAAUAGCUCUACUGCAGGCGUAGAGACCGAAACUGAAGACCCGGAGGGUGGGAAGGAGAUGUGA